CAUACAUUAGGAGGGUGGGAGCUCGGCUGUAGAAAUGAGCGGCGGGAGCGUAAGUGGCCUCGAAAACCUCAUGCUGGGCACAACACUUUUGGUGAUACAAAACCCCAUAAUCUGGAUGGCUCUGUAUCGCUGGAUGUGAUCCAAAGCCCCAGUCCAAUAGCACCAUGGUCUCUGCCACUAGCCCUUCGCGACGUUUCGUGCAAUGGGCUGCGAUCGUCCUGAGCUUGCUAUUCGUGUGGAACCUAAAACCGCUGCCCUGGGAGAAGACGCCCACGCCGUCGAAAGCAUCAAUCCCUCUGCCGCAUGUUGCCAACUACUUCGAUCAAGCAUACUCAGUUUCGUCCCCGUCUACACGGGGCUACGCGUAUGUUGGGCUAAAGCAAGCCUGUGACCAUGCCACCUGGGCCGAGGAUGCGCCCUAUCUGAACUGUUUCGGCAUGCUGGCGGGCAUCACGUCCAUCAUGUCCCAGGUGAAGGUAUGCCUGAAGAUGGCCGUAGACACCGGUUCAAAUCUGGUGCUGCCACGCAUGCCGCUACGAAGCUCCGACGACCUAAAGGCUUUCAACCUGCUCAACGAGGACGCUUACAUGGCUUACGAUCAAUGGUUCGACGAGGACCAUUUACGCGGCGCAAUCGGUCGCGCAUGCCCACGCAUGCGUAUCGUUCAUCCAACAGAGCUAGACACCAACGUGGAGGUCAGGCGCCACUGGGCGGUAUCCGUUGAAGAAGGCGCCAUAGGUUACCGGAAAUCACAAUCAUAUUUCUGGGUGGGGAGAAGUUGGAAGAACUACUUCGAUGAACACUACCUCCUCCUGAAGUUUCUGGAAAAUUCGGACCCCAAAAACAAGGACAGUCCUAAGGCUGGUAUCACGGUAGUGAAUGUUGACUCGGAGUUCUUGCUCUUCCGCAUCAUGGAUGAUCCGUCAGGUCGAGAAUUGAGAUUGUGGAACGACUUGUCGCAUGUGAUAAGGUUCCGCGAACAGCCCAGACAGAUCGUGGAUAGAGUUCUAAGCAAGAUCCCGCGGUCGUUCUAUGGCGUCCAUUUUCGUGUUGAGAACGACACAAUCUGGUCAGGGCUGGAAAACCAGUUGAAGGUUGACUUGGACGCUCUGGAUAAGGCCUGGGCAAAGUUCGGGAAGCCAGGCCAGCAGAAGCCCCUAGUAUAUCUUGCUUGUGGUGACCAGGUACAAGUCGAGAAGUUCGUCGAGGCCGGAGCGAAACGUGGCUGGGAGGUGACGCACAAGUGGAAACUGAUGCAAGAUGAUGAAAACACGACAGAGAUGAUCGACGAUUUGCCAUUCGAUUUCCAGGGUGUAGUAGAUAUGGGUGUCAUGGUGCGGUCGGAAUUUUUCUUUGGUAUUACUGGCAGUGCGUUUUCAACAACUGUGGCAAACAUAAGGGAUAUGACUGGUCGGUAUAGAGGGAGUUCAUUUGAUGUAUGGGAUGACGGCGGUGCAAGAAGCCAUUUGUUCUUUGAAGGGGAUAACCAGUAUGCAUGUUGCCUAUAAUGGCAGCUGUCAAACUGUUGUUUUUGGUCAACCGAGCAAUGUGUACAUCGGAGCAACCUAAUUCCAUCGAGAUCAAGAUUACAUAUCACUCGAAGCAUUUGGAUGGAUGGCGCUCAUCGACCGUGGCAGACAACUAGAGGCAGGUAUACGUGCUUAAAAGUGAAGCAGCUCGAACAACUAUUAUUUUUUCGUGUUCACAACAAUCAACCAUAUUCAAUGUUCCGACAUGUUGAACGAGAACAAUUAUAAUGAUGCGUCAGGCCUUGCCGGAAUUGCUCGGCGUGAUCAGUUAUUUACUCG